CAUCGUUCCCCCUUGCCACCCGGUUUCUAGUUGCUCGGUGCCGCCGUCGAUUCACAACUCCGAUUGCUCGGUGCCACCGUCGAUUCACAACCACAAACUGGGCUGAGCCGCCGUCGAUUCCCAAACACGAAUCGACGUUUAAGUGCUCGGUACCGCCGUUUCCGUGAUUCGAUUCACAACUCCGAUUGCUCGGUGCCGCCGUCGAUUCAAAACUCCAAAAUUAGCAGUCAAUUUACUUUUGUUCUUCACGCAAAGCAUAUACAAAUUGGCUGCCUAGUAAUGCUUAAGGGUUAAACAAAUAAAGCUGCAAAUUUGAGUUGCAAGGUGUAAUAAAAUACAUGCACACGUGCAUUUCCCUGAAUUAGAGAGGAGAGCAAGAGCGAGAUUGAUUUGUUCUGUCAUGGGAGUGAGAGAAGAAUAUGUUGGGCCUGGCAGCCAAAAACGAGAAUUGGAUGUUGACAAGCAGUUCCUGGCUGCUCCAGUAAAAUCUGCAGUUGACAAAUUCCAACUCCUUCCUGAGUUCUUGAAGGUGAGAGGGCUGGUUAAGCAACAUUUGGACUCAUUUAAUUACUUUGUUGGGACUGAAAUAAAAAAAAUUGUCCGUGCCAAUGAUCUUAUCACAUCAAAAGUUGAUCCAACAAUCUACCUCAGGUACAAAGAUGUUUGGAUUGGUGAACCUUCAAUGAUAAUUGAUGGUAUAACUGAAAAGCUCAGUCCCCACAAAUGUCGUCUAUCUGACAUAACGUAUGCUGCGCCAAUUUAUGUCAACAUUGAGUACAUUUCUGGGAGCCAUGGGCAGAAAGCUCCCCCAAUGGCCAAGAACAAUGUUAUUAUUGGAAGAAUGCCCAUCAUGUUAAGAAGUCGCUCCUGUGUACUCCAUGGGAAAGAUGAAGCUGAACUUGCAAGACUAGGUGAAUGUCCACUUGACCCUGGGGGAUAUUUUGUUAUCAAGGGAACUGAGAAGGUGAUCUUAAUACAGGAACAACUUUCCAAGAACAGAAUAAUUAUUGAUACUGACAAGAAAGGAUGUAUACAAGCAUCCGUUACGAGCAGCACAGAAGCAACAAAAAGUAAAACAGUUAUAAAAAUGGAGAAAGAGAAGAUAUAUUUGUAUCUGAAUCAGUUUGCUACCAAGGUGCCUAUCAUGGUGGUCAUGAAAGCAAUGGGCAUGGAGAGUGAUCAAGAGGUGGUGCAGAUGAUUGGAAGGGACCCUCAAUAUGGUGCAUUGCUUCUACCGUCAAUUGAGGAAUGUGCUAGCAAUGAUGUAUAUACUCAACAUCAAGCCCUGGAAUUUCUUGAGAAAAAGGUUAAAAAAUCACCUUUUUCUACACCUUCACUUGAAAAGGAAGGAAAAGCUUUUGGCAUCCUUCAUGAUGUAUUUGUUGCUAACAUUCCUGUGCGUGAAAAUAAUUUUCGUGCAAAAUGCAUAUAUGUUGCUGUAAUGCUGAGGCGCAUGAUGGAAGCAAUUUUGAAUAAGGAUGCAAUUGAUGACAAGGACUAUGUCGGUAACAAGCGGUUGGAACUAUCUGGCCAAUUAUUGUCUCUCCUGUUUGAGGAUUUGUUCAAGACAAUGAAUGAUGAGGUCAGGAAGACAGUAGAUGCGAUCCUGGCAAAACCUAGCCGAUCUAGCCGGUUUGACUUUUCUCAGUUUAUCGUGAGAGAUAGUAUAACGGUUGGGUUAGAAAGGACACUUUCUACUGGUAAUUGGGAUGUCAAGAGGUUCAGGAUGCACAGGAAAGGAAUGACACAGGUUGUGGCUAGGUUAUCUUUUAUAGGAACGUUGGGCCAUAUGACAAAGAUCUCUCCACAAUUUGAGAAGUCUAGGAAAGUUAGUGGACCUAGAGCCUUGCAACCUAGCCAGUGGGGCAUGCUUUGCCCUUGUGAUACUCCAGAAGGUGAAGCCUGUGGCUUGGUGAAAAACCUUGCCCUGAUGACUCAUGUUACAACUGAUGAAGAGGAAACUCCAAUAAUUUCUCUGUGCUAUUGUUUGGGAGUUGAAGAUUUGGAGCUACUUUCUGGAGAGGAACUACAUGCAGUGGAUUCAUUCCUGAUUAUAUUAAAUGGGCUUAUUCUUGGCAAGCACAGGAAGCCACAGCGUUUUGCUAAUGCAAUGAGAAAGUUACGAAGAGCUGGCAAAAUUGGCGAGUUUGUAAGCAUCUUUGUCAAUGAGAAGCAACGUUGUGUUUACAUUGCUUCAGAUGGAGGCCGUGUUUGCCGUCCACUUGUUAUUGCUGAUAAAGGUGUAUCAAGAAUCAAGGAACAUCAUAUGAAGGAGUUGUUGGAUGGAGUUCGCAGUUUUGAUGACUUCUUACGUGAGGGUUUGAUAGAGUAUCUUGACGUUAAUGAGGAGAAUAAUGCUUUGAUAGCUUUAUAUGAAGGAGAGGCUACUUCUGAGACAACACAUAUUGAAAUAGAGCCCUUCACCAUCUUAGGUGUUUGUGCUGGAUUAAUUCCUUUUCCUCAUCAUAACCAGUCACCCAGAAAUACCUACCAGUGUGCCAUGGGGAAGCAAGCUAUGGGCAAUAUCGCAUAUAACCAGUUGUGUCGCAUGGACACUCUAAUCUACCUUCUUGUGUAUCCUCAACGACCACUACUAACAACAAGAACAAUCGAGCUGGUUGGAUAUGAUAAACUUGGAGCAGGCCAGAAUGCUACUGUGGCUGUUAUGAGUUACAGUGGCUAUGAUAUAGAGGAUGCAAUAGUGAUGAAUAAAUCAUCUUUGGAUCGUGGUUUUGGUCGUUGUAUUGUGAUGAAAAAGAUGUCUGCAAUAAAUCAGAAGUAUGAAAAUAACACAUCAGAUAGAAUAGUUAGACCCCAAAGGGAGGGGCAUGAUGCAGAACGGAUGCAGAUACUGGAUGAUGAUGGACUGGCUGCUCCUGGAGAAAUAAUAAGACCACAUGACAUCUAUAUCAAUAAGCAGUCACCUGUUGUUACAAGGGGGCCACCAAUUACAUCAACAAUGGGAUUAUCAGAUAGUCAGUAUAAGCCCAGCAGACAAACAUACAAAGGUCCAGAAGGGGAGACAGCUGUGGUGGAUAGAGUUGCUCUCUGCUCUGAUAAGAAUAACAAUUUAUGUAUAAAAUUUAUGAUCCGUCAUACCCGUAGGCCAGAGGUUGGUGACAAGUUUAGUAGUAGACAUGGGCAGAAAGGUGUUUGUGGCACCAUCAUCCAACAAGAAGAUUUCCCAUUUUCUGAACGUGGCAUUUGCCCUGAUUUGAUCAUGAACCCUCAUGGAUUUCCAAGCCGGAUGACAGUCGGGAAGAUGAUAGAGCUCCUUGGAAGUAAAGCUGGAGUUUCAUGUGGCAGAUUUCAUUAUGGCAGUGCAUUUGGGGAGCCAAGUGGUCAUGCUGAUAGAGUUGAAGCUAUAAGUGAAACGCUUGUGAAGCAUGGCUUCAGCUACAAUGGCAAGGACUUCAUUUAUUCAGGAAUUACUGGUUUACCACUACAAGCAUACAUCUUCAUGGGCCCUAUCUAUUACCAAAAACUGAAACACAUGGUACUUGAUAAGAUGCAUGCUCGGGGUUCUGGACCACGUGUUAUGAUUACUAGACAACCAACUGAAGGCAGAAGUCGAAAUGGAGGGCUUCGAGUGGGAGAAAUGGAACGUGAUUGCUUGAUUGCUUAUGGAACUAGCAUGUUGAUCUUUGAACGCCUAAUGCUUUCAAGUGAUCCUUUCGAGGUUCAGGUUUGCCGAAAGUGUGGCUUGCUAGGAUAUUACAACCAGAAGCUAAAAACCAGUGUUUGUUCAACAUGUAAGAAUGGUGAAAAUGUUUCUACCAUGAAAUUGCCAUAUGCAUGCAAGUUAUUAUUCCAGGAACUCCAAUCAAUGAAUGUUGUUCCCCGCUUAAAACUGACCGAAGCUUGAUCUCUGGCUUUUCCCUCUCAAUACUUGAAUUUCACGAAUGUGGUACAGCGCGAAGGUUGUGUGUCUGUCAUUCUUCUGUCCGGGGAAAAGAAUGAAGAAAAAAAUCAAAAUUGUAAUGUAUCAAUCAACAUUAGUAUUAUGGUGAUUUGUAGGUUAAUCAAUAUUUGUCAAGAGUAGUGGCAUAGUGAGAUAAAAGAUUAGUUGCAGCUGAAUGGAAUGGAUUUUCAGAAAACAA